AUGCUUAUUUCCUCAUCAGCGUGUUUGUCAUGGAACUCAUUCAUAAUCGAACAGCAAAGUCUCGCUUCAUCGACAACAAGCGUAGCCAGCUCAAUUCUCGAGUACCGCAUCGAGAACGGCCGGACGUAUCACAAAUACAAAGACGGAAAGUAUAAUCUGCCCAACGACGGUAAAGAAAUCAAUCGACUCGAUCUACAGCACAACCUUUUCAUCCGGACCUUCGACGACAGACUAGGAACCGCACCACCCAACGCACGAGACUCUAACGUCAGGAGGGUCUUGGACGUGGGCACCGGUUCGGGUAUUUGGGCAAUCGACUUUGGUGAUGAGCAUCCCGAUGCCGAGGCAAGUCGUAGACUGGGUCACGGAACGAGGUCUUAUAGAUAA